AUGCGUAUCCCAAUUCAUCCAGAUACUGAAUGCUUCAUAAAGCUAAAAAAGCAACAUUUAUAUGAAAAGCUACAGCAGCAAGAAGAAGAAGGGACAGCAGUACACAAUGAUUUCAAAGGCCAAGCUAAAGAAAAAAAAAGCUUUAAGCAGAAGUACAUUUCGCAUAUUCCUCAUCUGGAAGAAAUAUGGACGGAACUCAGCGGCAUUGAAGGUGUAAGCAUGUUUGUCCAAAAAGAAGGUCUUACCAACUAUGGUCAAGUAAUAGCGUCCGCGUGUAAAAAUGUUGCAACUUGCUAUGACAACUUUUACAUAGAAAAUUUUGAAAACAUUGUCAGUAACUAUUUCAUAUAUAUGAUCCGUGCUGAAUUUCAGGACUUGAGAAUGCCUUAUAUCAAAUCUAUUGUGUACGGUCAUAUAUUAGAAAUAUUUUCUGUGAAUAAAGAAACGCAAGACAAAAUUCGGAAAUUUCUAAACCCGCUGAUUGUAGAAAUCAAAAAUCGCUUACCACCAGCCCCUAUCACAAAAGCGACAUUAAGUAAGGCCCCUUUCGAUAUAAUGCCAGUUUUUAGACAUAUAUUGUCUAAAUACGAAUCAAUGAUUGAAGCGAACCAGGAAGUAACAACAUCGAUACAACUACCAUUGACUUUACCACAACAGCCUAAAAAGAAGAAAUCAUCAGUAAAGAAUAAGAUCUCAAAUGCGCAUAAAGAUAAAGAGAAACGAUUCCAACCACCAAGGCUGUUCAGUUUAUUUCCGAAUCCAAGCUUAAAAUGGCGAUUUAUCAAAAUUGAUAAUCAAAACCUACAUGGGAUUUUUGGAAGGAGAAUUCGCCAAGUACAAGAGGAGACACCUUUUUCUUUCACACAAAGAUCUUUCUUUGAAUGCUUUGACUUCAGAAAAUUGAAAAUAAACAGCGAAGAGGUCAAACAAUAUUUCAGGCCAUGUACAGUCGAUCCUAAUAGGAAGGAUGUUUUUACAUUAUACCAUGACGAGAAUGAUGUAAGACGCCUCUCUAGCUCUGAGUGUUACAAUAUGAACGGAGUCAUCAAUUGUCAGAAACAAGAACUAGAAAGAAAGAAAAGUAACAACAUCGAAUAUAUUGAAACCAGAAUCCCUUCCCCAAAAACAACUGGCGCUGAAAACUAUAAAAGGCACAUAACAUAUAUGCUCCAACACUUUGAAGCCUUGGUCACUUUUUAUGACUUCCAAAAUGCUAGAAUACGAUGGUCCAACUAUAUCGGGAAACAAAAGGCUACGGAUCAUGCUAUCAAUAUUUUGAUUAACGGUUCCACAAAGUACAACAAAAACAGGAGAAAAAACACUAGACGAAAUAAACGUGAAAGACGAAAAUUAAACAGCAGAUAUAAGCGAGAUCUUUCCAACACCAAGCAGUCAAAAAAAGGAAGACAAGCGGCGAGGUAAAACUGCUUUUCAUUUUUUUCUAGAAGCAUUAAUCAUUUUAUUCUUUUAAAGGGCAUUUAAGGAAAAAUUCGAAGAAGGGGAUAAAAGCAAAAUGUC